AUGACCAGGGUUGGUCCAGGCGCGCAUUCGGACAUCCGAAAGGCCUACGCCCUCCGUGAGCAAAUCGACCGACGACUUGCUGGUUGUGAUGCGCCAGACCACAACAAGCGGGAGGAGGAAAAAGAUGCCGUCCUCUCCCUCGCAAGGAUCAUCUUUUCGACCCUGGCAAUGGCUGGAUCACGAGACAUGGUCGGCUGUCCUGAAGACUUCGACACCGUCCUGGUGGAUGAGGCGUGUCAAGGGGUGGAACUUUCCACCUUGAUCCCCUUGAAACUGGGCUGCAGGCGUUUGAUCCUCAUUGGCGACCCAAAUCAGCUCCCAGCCACCGUCUUCUCAGAGCUGCUUGCCCAGGACUACAGCAACUAUGCGCGCAGUCUGUUUCAACGAUUGCAGGUGACUCACUACAAGGUGAACAUGCUCAAUACGCAGUAUCGGAUGCAUCCAGCGAUUUCGCGCUUUCCAUCGGAGAACUUCUACGAUGGCAGCCUUCUGGAUCAUCUGGACUGGAAGGCCUUUGAGGCAAAGAAUCCCACAAAAUGGUCACACAUUCCGUGCUUCGCACCGGUGGCUUUCUUUAACAUCGCAGGCAAAAUGUCACAGGGCUCCAAAUCCUAUGCCAACGAGGAGGAGGCGGAGUUCAUUGUGAACAUGGUCUCUGUAUUGCAAAGUCUCUUCCCCGAUCAGGACUGGAGACGAAAGAUCGGAGUCAUCUCUCCAUACGCCGAGCAGGUGCGCUUGCUAAAGGCAAUGUUCAAAGAAAAGUAUGGCAUCAAAAGCAUCCACGACCCAUGUCCCGUGGAGGUGAACACCGUGGAUGGAUUUCAGGGAAACGAAAAGGACUGCAUCAUCGUCUCCUUGGUCCGCGAAGCGAUCCAACGCUCCAACUCCGUGGGCUUUCUGGCGGAUCGGCGACGGAUGAAUGUGGCCUUCACCCGUGCGCGGAUGAAUCUGUGGGUGGUUGGAAAUGCCAACUUCCUCUCCGUCAAUGCUGACUGGGAGGAUUUCAUCGAGAAGGUCCAAGCCGAACCGCCCAAGGAUCGCCCGCGCGACAGCUACGUGCUUCGAGUGGUGAAGCCUUUUGGUGAUUGGCUGCAACGCUACUACAAAACCUGGAAAGCCAGGAAUCAACCAGAGGCGUCGCAGGACACUGAUGCUUUCUUGGAGGCUGCAUCCAAGCCAUUGUUGAUCAACCAUGAAGAGCUCGAGGAGUUGAGGAUAAAGGAGGCGGAGCAGAGAAGGAUUGCCAAUGAGAUUGAAGAGGACCUGUCCGAUGAGGAGGUCAUGGACAGCCUCAAACGCAAGGUUGAAGACCGAGGAGAAGACUUUGUGGACGAGACCGAGACGCCAGCGUCCUGCCUGCGUGGCACCGAGAUCCGCUCCGCCAACGGGAAAAGCCUCGGCGAAUCGCGUCAAAUGGAGAAUCUGAUCACUGUGGAACUGGCCAAAGAGCUGCGUGACUCUUUCGAUGAUCUCUUCAGGGGGAAAUUUCCAACAGGCAUCUAUCCAGAUGAAUGGCAUUGGCGCGAAGGCAUCUCCAAACCCGAGAAAUUUCGGGAAAUCGUUAACGCUUGGAAGUCCAGUGACCUGGUUGCCUCCGUGGCCUGUUCGGCCAACAUUGCGGCAGUGGCUGCGAAGCUCAUGGGGUGGUCGGGCGUACGCCUGGGGCAAGAUGAUGUGCGAGCGGUGUGGGUUAUCAUCAGGAUUCCACGUCACUUGCUGCAUUUUUUCCGAAACUCUUGGGAAGAGGUUGAAAAAUGA